UCUCUUUCUACUUCUUUGAAACCAAUCAUAUCACCUUUUCACUUCACAUUAGCAAAGCUAGCAAGUGAACUGAGGUCACAUCAUGUCAAGAGAGUUUGAUUUCAUCAAGGAUCUCACCAAAGAUAGGGAGAUUUGGAAAAUAGCUGUGAGAGUUGUUGACACUUGGACUGUUAUAGGCACCAAUGGUUUUCCACAUGUUGAAAUGGUUAUUGCUGAUUCAAAGGGUGAUCGUGUUCAAGCUAUAACUCGCCAUAAGGAAUUUGAACAUUGGAAGGAAUUUGUUGUCUACAAUAAUGUCUAUGUUUUGCAUAACUAUCAUGUUUAUGAUAAUGAUGCAGGUUUUAAAACUUGUGAUAGUCCAUACAAAGUUGUGUUUGGUUCCGGUACCAAGUUCAUGAAAGAUGACUCUAUCACUAACAUUCCUCCUCAUCAUUUUCGCUUCAAAAGUUUUAAGGAAGUUCAGGAUGGAAAGUUUAAAAUCAAUAUUUUGUAUGAGAUCAUUGGUGUUCUUCAUGAAGUUGUCAAAACUCAGACCGCAGCUUCUGGAAAAAAACCUUGCACAAAUUUAAUCUUGGCUAAUGAAAGUGGAGACAUGGUUGAUGUUACUUUGUGGGAAGCUUUUCUACUCAAUUACAAAACUUCAUUUCUGGUCGCAAAGAAAAGGGUCCAAUCUUUUUAAUCCUAACACAUGCUCAGUGUAAACUAGGAGAUAAUGGGAGGCCAACCUUUUGUAACAAUUGGUCAGGAUCACAGCUUUUAAUCAAUCAUAACCACCCA